AUGGAGAAGGAAAAAUACAGGCACAGAGAGAAAAAAUAUUGGCAUGGAGGAAAGGAAGAAAACUACAGGCACGCAGAGGAAAAAUACAGGCAAAGAGAGAAAAAAUAUUGGCAUGGAGGAAAGGAAGAAAACUACAGACACGCAGAGGAAAAAUACAGGCAUGGAGGAAAGAAGGAAAAAUAUAGGCACGGAGGAAAGAAGGAAAAAUACAGGCACGCAGAGGAAAAAUACAGGCAUGGAGGAAAGUGGGAAAAAUAUAGGCACGGAGGAAAAAAGAAAAAAUACAGGCAUGGAGGAAAGGAAGAAAACUACAGGCACGCAGAGGAAAAAUACAGGCAUGGAGGAAAGAAGGAAAAAUACAGGCACGGAGGAAAGAAGGACAAAUACAGGCAUGGAGGAAAGUGGGAAAACUACAGGCAUGGAGAGGAAAAAUAG